CAAGAAGCACUAUACAGCACUGGUGUACACAGGUUUCCACGUGAGUCUUCAAAGUAAGUAAACUUUAAUGCCGUUAUUUCUAAAUAUUGAAUCAUGAAACGUUCAAGUAGUUUUCCAGAGCGAAUUGCUGUGUUCACCCGUUGCAAAGUGUUUUAUCACCGGUGACAGUUAUUUGGCCAGCUAACAUAGCAAGCAAACGCUAACACCACGCACACAUUCAAUCGAUGCUUCUUGCUAGCAUAACUUGAUUUACACUGAUCAAGUUCUUUAGUAAACUACAUUAUAACCUAGGCAAGUAGACUGGUAACAUGUUAUUGUUUUGUAUACCUUACCUGCGUUAGCUGAACUGGCUGUGUUUGAUUCUGCAGACGGCUUUUCAUGACGAAGUGGUUUUCGUGUCUGAGAAGACCGGAAGAUACAACACCGCUGAGAAGAUCUUUAUUGAUCAGGUAGCUAACGUUAGAUGAGAUCACCAUAAAAUAAAUCCCGCCAUCAAUUGAUCAUUCGUUGAUAAAUUCACAUCAACAAUCAUCAAUUGAUCACCAGUCAGUGUAUGCGAAUCACUGAUUUUAGACACCUUCCUCCACAUGUGCUGAGAUUGGCUGCUAAUUUGAAUAGACAACAUAUGAAACAUAGUACUGUAGCCAACAGCUACUGUAAAAGUGUACUGUUAGUUCAUAAUCCAGGCUUUAUCCUCUGUAGGCUCAACGUCUGGCCCUACAGAGGGAGAUAGACAAGGAAUCCCAGCCCACGGUAUCAGUCAGAUCACUGGUUUGUAUCUGGUUCUGUGUUGCUCUCCAAAAUGACACUGGCUUCGUCCAAAAUCCUAUCCCCUAUUUAGUGCACCACUUUUGAACCAGGACACAUCAGGUCAGAAGUAGGGCACUAUAUAGAAAAUAGGGUGCCAUUUAGGGGACCCAAUAUCAAUACUGUGUUCACUUUAAACCUAAAAUGCAUUCUCUACUAUGUCCUUUGAAGUGACUGCUUCCUUUUUAACAGUAAUAAUAUUGUGGGAUGUUUGUUUUUCUCAGAUGGUCCGAGCCGACACUGGCAACAAGAUGGUUACCAUGAAGAAGAAGAACAAGAACAGUGGGAAGGACACCCACACUGAGGAAGAGAUCUCAGAAAACACUUCCGUAAACCUGGGGAAUAACGAAGGAGUGAAGAGGAAAAAGAAGAAGAAAGCAGAGACUCCGGUAGAAGAAGAGCAGGUGUCUUCCAAUGGGGAUGGAGGGAAUACGGAAGGAGAGCAGGAGAAAAGGAAAGUAAAGAAGAAGAAGAAGUUGUUGGCGGGGUCUGGGACUGACACCAACGGUGAGGAAGCCAUGACUAACGGAAAUGAUGGAGGGAGCGGACAGAAGAAGAAAAAGCAGAAAGGUGCUAACACUGUUAAAACGGAGGACGAGGCAGAACAGAGUGAAUUAAAGGAGGAGAAAGGAGGAGUGGAAAAUGGGCAGAAGCUGAAAAAAAAGAAGAAGCUCUCUCCGGCAGAAGAGACGGAGGUCAGCGUUGUCCAGGUAGAGGAAGGAGAGGUGGUAGUAAUGAAGAAAGGCAAGAAAAAGAAGGGAAAAACAGAGGAAGAAAGGAAAGAAGUGAAAAAGAUCCCUAAAGCUGCUGAACCAACUGAGGGGAGUCAGGAGGAAGAAGAGGGGGAGACGAAGAAGAAGGGUAAGAAGAAAGGAGAGACAAAAGAGAAAGGGAGCGGAGAGGCAGAGAAAGAAAUGGUAGUAAAGAAGAAGAAGAAGAAGGGAGCAUCGGCUGAGGCUACAGUAGCAGUACGGGAGGAGGAGGAACAGAAUAACACCAAGAAGAAGAAGAAGAAGCCCAAGUCCACCAGCAGCGCUGCAGACAACACCAUAGACACUGAGACGGAAGGAAAGGAGGAGAGCAAGAUGAAGAAGGAGAGAAAGGCCUCUGCACCAACAGAGGAGGAGGAUGUGAUCGCGGUGGACGAGGGGAAGCCCAAACGGAAGAAAAGGAAAAAGGUGGAUACGAAAGGAGGAGAGGAACAGGCGGAGGACAGAGAGAGCGAGGGAAAGAAAAAGAAGGUGAAGAAGAGCUCGUCUGAGGUAGAGACGGAAAUGGAGGACAGCACCCUUCACAAGAAAGGGAAGAAGAAAGGAGAGACUCCGGAGAAGGGGAAAGGGAAAAAGAAGAUAAAGGUGGAGAGCUGCGCCCCUGAAGACCAGGAGGUGGGUCAGAGGUUAAGGGUCAGAGGUUAAGAGGUUAUCAAAUCAUGGGGCUCCUUCAGCAGGGUACAACGUUGUGGAACGUUCAGAUAGAAAUAUGUGAUGUAGAACAAACAUGUCUCUCUGAUAUGUAGAAUGAGGAAUCAUGUCGGCUCUAUUCAUGACAUUUCUAUCUGAAACGGUUCACAAUGAUUGCCUACUGAAGGUGACCCUGAUUCUAGAGCCAUUUGAAAGGGGUGUCCUUGUUGAAAGUAUUGUAAAAAGCAUGCGCUGACCAACACCCAAAAAUGCUGGAGGUGCUGACUAACAGAAUAGUAAACUGUAAAACUAAUAUGCUCCCAACAAUUUAAAGUGUUGACUUUCUUACUUUAUAUUUUACAGUUAAAGGUAUUAAAACAGGGACAGUAUUACUAUUUGUUUGAAUGUCUGCAGUUGUCUGAUACUUUGUUGUUUUGCUCCAACCCCCAGAGGGACCAGAAGGAUGUGGUCUUCCUGUCAGAGACCAGGGGAAACGCCUUCGAGAUCAAUAUUGAUCAGGUAGAUCGCUAACAACCCUUUAGAUCUAUUUGGAUCUAUUUGAUUCCACUGUCCAGUCCACCAAUCCAAGUCUCCAUUCCAUCCCUCUAUCACUGUGAGAAAGAGAAAAGUAAUUUCUUCCUGGUCUGAAUUAAACAUUGUAUAUUGAUUUUGUAACUAUUUCUGAAUAAAAUAUGAAUGCAUUAUAUUAUACAAAUGCUUAUUAGUGAAUGCUGUUGUCAUUGAUUAACACAAUGCUGCAGUCAAACAUGCUGGACACACACCAACCAAUAUAAAUGCUCUAUACUGAUUAAGUAAUACCAUUGGUCUGUGUCAGGGAUACUCCCAAGUGAUUGCAAAGUGAUUCUGCUCGUUUGCCAAUAAUCAGAUCAGAUCUUUUGCCAAUAAUUGGGCAAAAAAUCAGAUGGGUGGCCUGUGUAAACGCAGCCUUUGAAGCACACAUGGAUUUGAGUCUUUAAAAAAAAAACUAGGAGUACAGUAAAGAGAAUCACCAACCACAUGUUAUAGACUAUGACAUGGACAAUGGAGUAUAUAUUGUGUACUAUAUAACAUGGACUAUAAGAGUAUAUAUUGUGUACUAUAUAACAUGGACUAUAGAGUAUAUGUUGUGUACUAUAUAACACGGCCUUCAUAUAAAAUGAUGGUCCUAUUAUAUUCCAUAGGGGAGACGCCUGGCCCUGCAGAAUGAGAUCGACAAGGAGUCCAACCCAGUCCAACUCAAAGCAGCACCGGUACCAUCGGUCAGUACUCUUAUGAUGUCAGGACACCAAGGUGUAUCCCAAAUUUGGGACGCAUACCAACUCUUCUCUGUUACAAAACAUUGUCUAAUAUAAACAUUACAUUAUAAAUCAUAAAUAUUACAAUCAUUAUGUCUAAUAUAAACAUUACAUUAUAAAUCAGAAAUAUUACAUUGUUCUUCUCCCCAGAGUUUGGGCCAGUGGGGCACCGCCCAGUUUGACAGUUCCGACCAACAAAAUAAGUUCCUGCGGUUGAUGGGCGGCUUCAAGAAGGGCGGGCAGCCAAUGGCAGCGAGCGGUGCAACGGGAGGGCGGGCCAACAUGGCGCUGACGAAAGACGGACAGAAGAGCUUGCAGCAAGGCCUCCUGGGGGAGUUUGAACGCGCUCAGUCGCGCCGCAUGGACUUCACGGGAAGGGGGGUGGGACUUGGGUUCUCGGCGCCGUCCAAUAAGAAGUUCUCGAUCGACAUCAACGCAACCCGAUCAGUGCGCUUUGAUGACUGA